UUGCCGUAAAUCACGGUUCGCUUCCUGGUUACUGAGUUUCUAUGGCAACAAUGGAACCCGUCAACAAGUCCGGAAAAAGGAGACGUGGAGGAUGUAAAAAUCGGAAACUCACCCUCAGAGCUCCCUCCUCGCACGAGCUCGCGCUUCCAGGUGUUCCUGUCACGAGCCCGGAGAAGCUGAAUGUCCUCGUGAGCCUGCAGGGUCCGUCAGCCCUCCACAUGGCCUGCCUUCACGGCCAGCUGGCGACCAUCCAGAUCCUGCUGGACUCCAGACCGGGGAUGAUCAACGGCGGAGAUCAGCAGGGUCGCCGGCCAGUCCACAUGGUCCUGUCCUCUCGGAGCUCCCCGAACACCUCUUCAUGCAUCAGAUACCUCCUGGAGCAUGGGGCUGACAUCAACGUAACCACAGAGUCAGGCGCGACCCCGCUGCACCUGGCUGCCUCUGAGGGUCUCCUAGAAUGCGCAGAGAUCUUCGUGCAGGCCGGGGCAGAUGUGUCAGCGAAGGACAGCAUGGGACUUACUCCUCUGGAUUUCGCCCGCGUGUGGUGCCGCAGGAAGGUGGCGAGGUAUCUGAGAAGCUGCAUGUGGCAGAAAGAUAAGGACAAAGAACAGAAGGAGAGGAAGUCGGUUCAGGCUUUAUACAGGGAUCUUAUAGAUGGGGAGAGACUGGAUCGUUUCAAAAACAAGAUAAUUAACGCAGACAAGAUAGCAGAGUGGGCCAACAAGAAAGGAUUACCUCCACUGAAGGAUUUCACCCCCAGAGUCCAGGUGAGCAAGUUCCACACAAAGUGCCUCUCAUCAGAUCAGGACACCUCCAAUCAAACCACCACCAAGGACCCACUGGAGAACCAGUCCAAUUCAGCCUCCUCCUCCUCCUUCAGACCCUGGACCAUCUACUUAGGCUUCCACCCAGAGAGGCCCCUGAAAGUUGAGCCGGACCUCCGGAGCUCCGUCACAGUGUGGAGGGACAGCAGCAGGUCGCCUCUGUACUCCACAAAGUGGGACAGCAGCACGCCUCACCCAGCCCCUGAUCUGCCUCUGGAUGUCCUGGAGAGGGUGUUAUUCCCUAGAGCAUUCCCCUCCAGGAUUGCCUCCCUUCAGCACUUUAAGGCUCAAGACAUCAUGGAGGUCCAGCACAGAGGGUACCCUCAGGGGCGGAGCACCUCCCCCUGGACAGAGGGGGCCAUGCACUUGGUUGAAGUGUUGGAGUUAGGACAUUACUGAUGCUGGAAUGCUGGACAGGAAGAGCUUCGACUAGACCUGGUAGUAGUCGGGGGUUGGAAGUCAUGAAGUAAACAUAUUCCGACAUCAGAACUGUUCAGGCAUUGUUACAUAUAAGAGGCAUUUUUUAAACUU